AAAUAAAAGAAUAAUAAAUUAAUUUAACAAUUUUUAGCAUAAAAAUUUGUAUAAAUAUGUCAAUAUAUAUUGACAAUUGACAAUAUAUUGUCAACCUUUAAUGUAAAAGCAGGAAGAAGAAAUAUGUUUACUAGUAUAAUAAAAUUGCGCGGGCGCAAGUCAAUAUUAUAAGAUGUUGCCUGGCGACAAAAGCAAAAUUGCUAUUCAAAGGGUUCAAUCUCAUUUAUCUAGGAUCCUCUUCUUCAGAUGUUGUUUAGAAUUUAAUGAACAAGUAUCGCUCAAACUAACAAGUGCGUUUUUCUUUAUAGAAUAUUUCCAUACAAAAUUAAACACCGUACACUGUUUUAACUUCAUUAAAAAAAAAAUAAAUAAAAUUUUAACAACAAAAUUAUUAUUUUCUUUUAUUAACUAUAAAAAAUGUGGAAAAGAAAAAAAAGUGACACGAACUGUCAAAAUGAAGAAAACGACAAUAAAAAUAAAAAACAAUACGAAUUAAAAAUUUCAACUUCCAAAAUUUGCCUGAGGCAAAAUUUUCAGAGAAAUUUUGAAAAUUUUACUGGUUUUCAAAUAGAUGAACUUACAACAUUUAAAAAAUUCGUCAAGUUACUUUAUCGACCAACUGAUCCUUCAAGUUUAGGAGUAACACGAGCACUUUUUGGACUCUGCAUGGUGAUUGAUAUUGUUCACGAAAGGGGAUUAUCUAAUAUAGACAAAAAAUGGGGUGAUUCUAAAAUUUGUCGAUUUCCCCUAAUUCAUGGAAUGGAAUCACCAACUCUUCCAUGGAUGACAAUUAUUUAUACAAUAAUGUGGUUAGGUGCUUUUGGAAUUAUGCUUGGAUAUUAUUUCAAAAUUGCCUGCUUUUGUUUUGUUCUACCCUAUUGGUACAUAUUUUUAUUAGACAAAACAUUUUGGAAUAAUCACAGCUAUUUAUAUGGUAUUGUUGCUAUUCUCUAUUGGGGAACAGGUGCAAACAAAUAUUUUUCCAUAGAUUCAUUAAUGAAUAAGAAUAAUGAUGGAAAAAUACCACUUUGGAAUUAUUUUAUUUUACGAUUUCAAUUUUUUCUUUUAUAUUUUUUGGCUGGUUUGAAAAAAACUGAUAGAGAUUGGUUAAGUGGAUAUUCAGUGGUCAGUUUAUCAGGACAUUGGGUAUUUUUUCCAUUUACAAUAAUAUUAACAGCAGAACAAACUAAUCAUUUUAUUGUACACUUAUUUGGAUUUAUUUUUGAUUUAACAAUUGGAUUUUGGAUGAUGUUUGACAAAACACGUUUGCCAGCCAUGUUAGUUUGUACUGCUUUUCAUCUGAUGAAUACAAGACUUUUUGCUAUUGGAAUGUUUCCAUACACAUGUCUAGCAACAAUGCCACUAUUCUGUCAUGUUGAUUGGCCAAGAAAAUUUGAAAAUUUUACCAUUAUUUCUAAAAUAUAUUCUCAUCUUAAAAAGUGGAAAUUCAAUGUUAAAUUACUUUUUAAAAAAAUGUUUUUCGCCUCUGCAAAAGAUAAUCAAAGGAAAAAUGACGAUAAUGAUGAAAAUCAUGAUACAAGUGAUAAAAUUUUGCAACAAGAUAACUAUGUAGCAAAAAAUGAAAUUCAAAAUUUGAAAAUAAUCAAUAAACCAAGGGAAGAAAAUUUUGAUGACUAUUCAAAUGAAACAAUUAAUUUUAAAUUACCACUCAAUAAAGAUUGUUUAAAUCAACAAGAAAGGAAAAAGAAAAGUGAACUUGUUCGUUCCAAAAGUUUUUAUGAAAAUAAGAACGAAAAUGUUUCAAAGAAAAAAAAAUUUGUUAUUUUUCUACUAAUUUUUCACAUUGGAUUACAGUGUUUUUUACCAUACUCUCAUUUCAUUACACAAGGAUAUAAUAAUUGGGUUCCUGGUUUAUAUGGAUAUUCAUGGAACAUGAUGGUCAAUUAUUGGGACGCUAUAGCUGUUAUAGUACAAGUACAUGAUAAUGUGAAUAAUGAAGACUAUUUUAUAAAUCCCGAUGCUUAUGUUAUAAAUAAUAGAUGGUGGCGACAUGGGGACAUGGUAAAGCAAUAUGCACAUUGUUUAAAGGACAAUCUAAUGAAAGAAAAACAAGUGACCCUGUCAUCUAAUAUAAGCAUUUAUGUGGAUGUAUGGUGUUCUCUAAAUGGUAGAUUUCAACAGAGAAUGUUUAAACCAAAUGUUGAUAUAUUGACUGCAGAAUGGCAUCCAUUGAAACCUGUUUCAUUUUUAGUUCCUUUAUUGACAAAAUUUAAUCUUCAUCGAUAUAAUUUAGAGGAAAUUGAAAAACAAGUUUACACGUGGUCAAAUUAUUCUGACGUUUAUUUUGUCGCCGACUAUUCAGGAAUGAAAAAAUUAAAUUUUGUCGAUAAAGAAUUGACAAAUGUCACAUUGCAUGUAAUAGAGGGAGAAAUAUCAUACAUUGAAGAGGGAGAAAAGGAGAAAGUAAUAAUUCCAAAAGGAGAUCAUUUUCAUGUUACAAGUCAAGUAUUUCAUCAAGUCGAGGUCAUUAGUUCAGAACCAGCAUGUUAUAUGUACACAUUUUUAAAUAAAACUAGCGAAAAUUUUUAUCGAAAUAAUAGAAUAAAUAAAUUAUCCGAAACUUAUUCUAGUCCACCGACAUUUAAAACUUUCAUUUAUGAAGUGAAGGACAAUUUUAAAGCAUGGAUAAGAGCUAUCAAGCAUAUAAAAAGUGCAUUUUUUAAUAUUAUUUUCUCUAAUUCGUCACUUUAUGAUUGUAGUAUAAAAAAUAAUUUAUAAAUUUUUAUCAAGAAUUUCCUUAAUUUUUGGUGUAUUAAAAAAAGUGGUUAAAUUUUUUUUGCAAAAAAUUCAAUUUAAAAGUAAAUUAAAUUAUACAUACAUUUCAUGCUACAGAAUUUAUAUCAUAAUUUAUAAAUUGUAACACAUCUUUUUAGCAAGAUCAUUAAUUCACUGAGAUAAAUUUCUCAUUGUAAAAAUAGUGUAUUUAUAGUUAGAUUAAUGAGAGCGAAUUCCAUAUAGGUGUCUUGUAAGAUUAGUCACAAUCUUCAGACUUCGGAACUAUCAGUUUUAAUUUAAAAAUAAAAAGCAUUUUAUCAAACCCUA